UAUUUUCCACUUCCAGAUCAGUGUCAUCACACACACACACACACGCACUCUUUUUUUGUUCCAGUAGACACAGAAAAAUAGAGCUUUUUUCAAAGAGGAAAUACCGUUUUUCAGAAUAGAAUCUCCUUCACUGCUGCUUUUUCCUCAUCUUUCUCCGCCUUUUCUCUUAUUGCUUUCUCACCUCUUUUCUCAAGGUCAGACUUUUUUUCUUUCACCACAAUUUUUAAUUAAUCACAACAAUCUUCACUAUUAUUAGUUUAUUAUAUUUAAUUAUUUCAUGCCAAAAACCUCAACAAUUUCAAUGCGUGUGACUUUACUUUCCCCACUUUCACCCCCAACUCCCAAUCUUAGCCGUUAAGUUUAUUUACUCUCUCUCUUCAGCAUUAUCUCCCAAAUUUCUUCACUUUCUAAAUUUGGAGAAUUAAGCUCAAGAUUAAUUUAAGGUUGAUGUCAUGUGGAGAUCAAUGUGUGAGGUGAGAUCUGCUGCACAGUACAAGAGAAUGAAAAUCUAUAUAGAAGUUCUAGUUGGAUUCAUUUUGGUAUAUGUGGUCCAGUUUUCACUUGCUGAUACUAAUCCAAUUGAUGUUGCUGCAAUUAAUAAAUUAUAUGCUGCAUUGGGAAAUCCUGUUCUUCCUGGGUGGGUUGCUAGCGCAGGAGACCCGUGUGGAGAAGCGUGGCAAGGUGUUCAAUGUAACGGUUCACUCAUACAACAAAUAAAUCUGAUUGGUGCAAAUUUGGGAGGCGAACUGGGUGAUAGCUUGGGAGAGUUUGUUUCUAUCAAAUCAAUAAUUCUAAGCAACAAUCACAUUGGAGGAAUUAUUCCAUUAAGUUUGCCAGUAACCUUGCAAACUCUUUUUCUUUCAGCUAACAAUUUCACUGGAAGUAUUCCAACCUCUUUAUCCACACUGACAGAACUGACUGCCACGUCUCUUAAUGAUAACCUGUUAUCUGGAGAAAUACCAGAUGUCUUUCAGUCUCUUACACUGUUGAUCAAUUUAGAUUUAUCUAAUAAUAAUUUGAGUGGGGAAUUGCCUCCAUCCGUUGAGAAUUUGUCGGCUGUGACCACCUUAAAUUUACAGAACAAUAAACUGUCUGGGACACUCGAUGUUUUGCAAGACCUUCCACUGAAAGAAUUAAAUGUUGAGAACAACCUAUUUUCUGGAUCAAUACCUCAAAAGAUGUUAAGCAUCCCCGACUUCAGAAAAGAUGGAAACCUAUUUAACCUUGAUGGUAAUGCUACAGUAGCUCCGGCUCAUCCACCUCAUUCUCCAGUAACCACCGCACCACCAUCAGGAACUGUGGUUUCUGGGACACCGGCUUCUGGACGUGUACCUACUAAACAUGCCGAUGGACCAACUGCAUCAAAACAAUCAAGUUCCGGGAAAUCGAAAAAAAACACCAAAAGAGUGGUUUGGAUAACUAUUUCUGGUAUAUUGGGGUUUAUUAUCUUGGCACUAGGACUUGUUCUCUUUAUUCCAAGAUGUGGCAGAAGGGAACGGGUUGAAAGAACCUCCAAACCACAUCGGCCUGGAGCAUAUGGAGGCGAACGAAAGAGUCCUUGGGAUAAUGGGCCUCUAGUCCAACCACCUAGUGAAACUGAGAAAGUACCAAAAGUGGCUGUUACGAGGCCAAAAGAGAAUCAUCAAGCUGAGAAAGACGAACAAAGAAUGGAAACACUGCCAAAGCUAUUAAGUCAUGAGAUAGAUAUGAGUGCACUAGAUGUACAUUCAAUGCCACCUCCACCUCCACCUCCACCUCCUGCUCCACCACUUGCUGCUGAGAAGGUGAUUGUCGAGCCAACAACAUUCCCCGGAGGGGAUAACGUCAAUCCUUCCAAAAGAAGCCCAAUUCCUCCCACCUUCGCAAAAUGUUUCACCAUUGCAUCCCUUCAACAGUAUACAAAUAGCUUUUCUCAAGAUAAUCUUAUAGGAUUAGGCAUGCUGGGGAGUGUAUAUAGGGCAGAGCUUCCUGAUGGAAAGAUACUUGCUGUGAAGAAACUAGACAAGAGAGUUUCUGAUCACCACAAAGAUGAUGAAUUUCUUGAAUUGGUAAACAAUAUUGACAGAAUUCGGCAUGCAAAUAUUGUUGAGCUUAUUGGGUACUGUGUAGAGCAUGGACAAAGGCUUCUGAUCUAUGAGUACUGCAGUAAUGGGUCGAUGUAUGAAGCACUUCAUUCAGAUGAUGAAUUCAAAACAAGACUGUCUUGGAAUGCUCGUAUUCGGAUAGCACUUGGGGCAGCCAGAGCCUUAGAGUACUUGCAUGAGCAAUGUCAGCCACCUGUGAUACACAGAAAUUUCAAGUCUGCUAACAUUCUCCUUGAUGAUGAUCUAUCCGUGCGUGUAUCUGACUGUGGUUUGGCUCCAUUAAUAACUAAAGGUUCCGUGCGUCAGCUCUCAGGACAGCUGCUAGCAGCUUAUGGCUAUGGUGCUCCAGAAUUUGAAUCAGGAAUUUACACCUACCAGAGUGACGUGUACAGCUUUGGAGUGGUUAUGUUAGAACUUUUGACAGGCCGUCAGUCCUACGACAGGACACGUCCUCGAGGUGAACAGUUUCUUGUAAGAUGGGCAAUUCCUCAACUUCAUGAUAUUGAUGCAUUAUCGAGGAUGGUUGAUCCUUCUCUAAAUGGAGCUUACCCUGCAAAAUCGUUGUCAAAUUUUGCCGACAUUAUUUCUAGAUGUGUUCAGUCUGAGCCAGAAUUUAGGCCAGCAAUGUCUGAGGUUGUCUUGUACUUGCUAAAUAUGAUAAGGAGGGAGUCUCAACAAAAUGAAUCAAAUGAGAGAUGAAAAUGGUAAUGAUAUUUGAAUAUAUGCAUGAAUUGCAAGAAGGUUUUACCUGCUAUUUUUUCAGAAUCUCAACUAGUGAAGACAUGACACGCGUGCUCAUCAACCUCAGAGGGUUUGUUACAUUCAAUGAAAUAUAACCAUCCAAUAUUCAAAUGCCAAGUUCUGCAAGGAGGUUUAUCCAAUCAGCUUCAGAGAAUUAUAGGCACCAACACCCCUGUAGUUAUUAUUAUUAUAUUUAUAUUAUAUAAUUUAAUGUGUGAUGAAUUUCACGGUUCAUUAAACCAUGCCAUGUUGCUCUGGGAAUUGAGCCAUUUGUUUAUUUGAUGAUUGUUCCAUGAUGAUGGAAUGUGAUUCUGUAGUGCAUCCUAUUUAUUUUAUUAUGUUCAUUCUUGGUGAUGAUGAAAUUAAAUUUUGAUAAUCCUUGUACCAAUUUUCACAUUCAAGCAUUGUAAUUCACAUAACUCAAUUAUAUAUUUCAGAUCAUUGCAAAU